AGGGAGAAAAGUCCAGCGUUAAUAAGCAUUCGUUUUAGAUUUCAGAGAGAGAGAGAGAGAGAGAGAGAAGAAAGGGAAAAAUAAAAUUGAUGGGGGCUGUCAUGUGAUGAUGGUGCCUUUGAAAAUAGGGACACCCUAAGGCUCAAGCUCCAAGAAGGAUGGCACAGAAGGGUCCUAUUCAUGUGAAAAAAGAAAGGGGUUAAGAGUUAGGACAAUGGGGUUGGGACAGUUUGGUGAGAGGUGGAGCGGCUAAAAUGCUGACUUGUGGGACUCCACCCCCACCAUGCAAUGGUACCUUUCCAAAUAUUGAGUUGCAGAUGCUGUCUAUGGGAAAAUGGGAUGGACUUCCCCUCAAUUCCCUGGUGAUUGCCUUGCCCACCAACUCCAGCGGUAAAAUGGGUCAUGCCAUUCACAGUGGACAGAUUAGACUGUGGAAGUUGACAUUCAAAUAAUAUUAAUGUGUCUGUCUUUGCGUCUCUCUGUUACUCUGUGGCUCUGUGUGUGUGUGUAUCUAUAUAUGCUUGGCUUUAGAAGGCUCAUUUGCUUCAGUGCUGCAUUGGUGUCUGUGAGCAUGGGAGAGUUCAAGCACUUGGUCCUGGCUAAGUUCAAGGAAGGGGUGGUGGUGGAAGACAUCUUAAAAGGCAUGGAGAAGCUGGUUUCCGAAAUUGAUGCUGUCAAAUCUUUUGAAUGGGGGCAAGACAUGGAAGGGCAAGAGGUGCUAAGGCAAGGCUUCACCCACGUCUUCUCCAUGACAUUUGGCAGCAAGGAAGACUACACUGCAUUCGUCAGCCAUCCCCACCAUGUUGAAUUUUCUGCCACAUUCUCAGAAAUAAUUGAGAAGAUUGUGCUGCUUGAUUUCCCAACUGUUCUGGUCAAAGCACCGGCACCGGCACCGGCACCGGCACCGGCAUCCCCAACCCCACCAUCAAAAGAACCUUAAGAACAAUACUAAAUAACCCUAGUUUAUCGAUAGUAUCAUCAGCAGUAUCAGUGUGUCUCUUUGCGUAGUGCAUCUAUGCACAUUUAUAAUGUGUUCGCUGGUGUGAUUUUGUGUGCUGCUAAUUAUUUUCUUAUGUAUGCAAUUGGAUGGGUUUCUAUUGAAAAUAUGAACUUGCACUGUACUAUACCAAAA